AUGGCCUCGUUUCCCAGCAUAGUGAGGGAUCUAACCAGUCAGAUGGAGGCCGAAGCAACCCCAGCCCCGCAGGAGCACCAACCAGCCGUCGGAGAGGCCUCUACCGCGAGGGAGGAGACGCCGCAGGCAGCCAACAGCGCGGGAGGUAGCCCCAUGGUCGCCAUGACUAUGGAAAACCUGCAGGCACUCUUGGCGAGCGCUGUCCAGAAGGGCUCUAUGCGCACGUUAAGGGAGCCCGAGGCUGCGUCGCCCAAAAGAAGGAUGGGGGAGAUUGGGGGGCGAGGGAGCGAGGGACCCGUCCGCGCAAGCUCCUCGCUCAGUGUGUUAAGUCCUUUCUCAGCCGACAUUCUGGAUGACGAUCUGCCUCACUCAUUUCGACCUGUCACUUACGAAUACUUGGGAACCACCGACCCUUGUGAGCAUCUCUGUCGCUUCAAUAACACUUCGGAUUUGCACCGAUUUACUGAGGGAGUGAAGUGUCGGGUCUUCGCGACUACGUUAGCGGGAGCCGCCCAAGCUUGGUUCAGCCAGCUGCCUGCGGGCACGAUUGGCAGUUUCGACCAGCUAAGUGCAUGUUUUAUGGAUCACUUCGCGAGCUCAAAGAAGCAGAAGAGGAGCACCUUGACUGUGUUCGCGGUCAGACAGAGGGAAGGGGAAUACCUGCGAAGUUUUAUCAAGCGUUUCAUCUCGGCGACCUUAGAGGUACCAAUUACCUCAGAGGAAGUUUUGAUUAGCGCUCUAGCACAAGGGCUGCAGGCUGGCGAUUUCUUCACUUCGCUCUCGAAAAAGCCUCCCGCGUCUUUUAAUGCCCUGUUGAAAAAAGCGGAGCGAUAUAUGAACGCAGAGGAGGCAGUGCAUAAUAAAUUUGGCGAUAACAAGGGCGGUCUCGAGGCGAAAAGGGAAAAGAAAGAGGAGAGAAUGCAGAAACCGACUCAACUGGCGAGAAGGGAGGUGCAGAACGAGAGAAAAAUAGGACCUCGUUUUGACAGCUAUGCGCCGCUGGUCGCACAGCCAGGAGAGAUAUUGUUGGCCAUAGAGAAUAACCCAAAGUUGAAGUGGCCUCGCACGUAUGCAGAGGCCCCGAGGAAAAGCCCCACGCUGGGGAGUUUCUGCCGUUUUCAUAAUGAUUAUGGCCACACCACCAACGAGUGCCAGCACCUUCGUGAUGAAAUCGAGAGGCUCAUACGCGCGAAGAAUCUGCCGGAGUUUGUGAAAGAAGGGAACCAGCGCCCGCAACAGUUCCCAGCUCGGCGUGCGAACGAGCCCCACAAACCAGAGCCGGGAAGGCAAAAGCUAAAUGAGAGGAAGGACCAGGUGGCGCCGGCCAACUUCAUCAGCAUGAUUUUGGGAGGACCUUCAGGGGGAGACUCCAACAGGGCCCGGCGAGCGCACCUGAGACAGUUGCGAGAGACUGAGGAGUUAUUUGGAGAGAUAGAAGAAGCAGAUCGGGCAAGCCGCGCGCACCUCCGACGCUUGUGCGAGAUGGAAGCUCAGCUCGAGGAAGUGCAAAGGAUAUCUUGCGUGCCGCCCAUUAUUUUCGGUCCCCAGGAUGAAGAAGGAAUCAGGCAGCCGCAUUCCGACGCCCUUGUGAUUACUGCCAUGGUAGCAAAUUUUGAUAUCGCGAGGAUAUUAGUGGACACCGGCAGUUCCGCAGAUGUUAUCUACUAUGACUGUUUCAGAAAGAUGAAUAUGGAUUUCGAGUUAAAAUAUGUAGAGACAAGCUUGGUCGGGUUCUCGGGAGAGUCAGUGCGGUCGAUCGGAGAGGUAUGCCUGCCCAUUUCUCUAGGAAUGGAGCCGGUGCGAGCAACCCGAUCCGUGAAGUUUUUGGUACUGGAUGCGCCUUCUACCUACAACAUCAUAUUGGGGCGACCGUCCAUGAACUCAUUUCAGGCAGUAGUCUCAACCUACCAAAUGAAGUUGAAAUUUCCCGUCUUAGAUCAAAUCGGGGAGGUCCGAGGUGAUCAAGAGACCUCGAGGAGGUGUUAUUAUGACGCCCUGAGAAGAAUAGGAAACAUAGAUGCUAUUCGCACUAUUUCCCCAGGUAGCCGGGGGAAGGAGGACCGGAUGCCGGAAGUAGACCCCGCGAAAGAAGAAGCCCACGUGAGGCCGAUGGAGGAAUUGAUGGUAAUCCAACUAUGCGAGAAGGAUGCCUCUCGCACCACCCGCAUUGGUGGCGGUCUGGAUGCAGACAUGUCUCGACAGCUGGUUGAGUUUCUAAAGCAGAAUCAAGAAGUGUUCGCAUUCACUCCCGCAGAUCUAGGGAGUAUCGACGAGCAGCUCGUGGUGCACAGACUAAAUGUCAAGCAGAAUGCGAAGCCAGUCAAGCAGAAGCGUCGGCAUUUUGGAGGAGAGAAAGACAAAAUUAUACAGGAAGAAGUGCGGAAGUUGUUAGCAGCCGGACAGAUCCGGGAGAUCCGUUUUCCUACUUGGCUGUCCAAUGCAGUUUUAGUCAAGAAGGGCGAGGGCAAGUGGCGGAUGUGCAUUGACUUCAGGGAUCUCAACAAAGCAUGUCCCAAGGACUACUACCCUCUGCCACGAAUCGACCAGCUUGUAGACUCAACCGCCGGUUGCGAGAUGCUAAGUAUGAUGGACGCCUCGCAAGGAUACCAUCAGAUUCCAUUGUGCCUUAGCGACCAGCCUAAGGUGAGCUUCAUCACCUCCACUGGAACUUAUUGCUACACGGUAAUGCCUUUUGGGCUGAAAAAUGCGGGAGCCACGUACCAGAGACUAGUAGACAAAAUGUUCAAGGCCCAACUCGGAAGGAACAUGGAGAUAUACGUGGAUGAUAUGUUGGUGAAAAGUCAGAGGGCGAGCAAUCAUUUAGAAGAUUUAAAAGAAACCUUCUGCACGCUCCGGCGCUACGGCAUGAAGCUUAACCCCAAUAAGUGUGCUUUUGGGGUGAAAACGGGAAAAUUCCUGGGUUACAUGGUAACGGAAAGGGGAGUAGAAGUGAACCCGGAGAAGGUGCAGGCGGUUUUGGAUAUGGAGGCACCACGAAAUAUCAAGGAGGUUCAAAUGCUGGCGGGAAGAAUAACAGCUCUAAGUAGAUUUAUAUCUAAGGCGGGAGAGGCUAGUCACCCUUUCUUUAAAAUACUAAGAAAGGGGACUCAAUUCGAGUGGACGGAAGAAUCAGGAAAAGCUUUCGAGCAGCUCAAGAGCCUUCUCGCUCGUCUCCCGCUGUUGGCGAAGCCCGUGCCGGGAGAAAAGCUGUAUGUAUAUCUGGCGGUAGGCGAGUUCGCAGUCAGCUCGGUCUUAGCCCGAGAAGAGGAAGGAGUGCAAAGCCCGGUAUAUUAUGCGAGUAAACUCUUGCGAGGGGCUGAGAUGAGGUACUCCGAGAUAGAAAAGAUGGGCCUGGCGCUAGUGACGACAGCACGAAAGCUAAGACCCUAUUUUCUUUCGCACGCAAUAGUGGUUCGGACUAACCACCCUAUGAAGACAGUGAUGGGAAGGAUGGAAGUCUCGGGAAGAAUGGUAAAGUGGGCAGUAGAGAUGGGACAGUUCGAUAUCAGCUACGAGCCACGGGUCGCCAUUAAAGGGCAGGCCUUAGCAGAUUUUCUGCAGGAGACGACGAGACCAGAGGAACAAGGAAUAUGGAAGGCGUUUGUCGAUGGUUCGGCGAACGCAUCAGGAAGUGGAGUAGGAGUGUUGCUAGAGGAGGAGGGUGAGGAGUUGGAAUAUGCGAUAAAGUUGCCUUUCAGAGCCUCAAAUAAUGAAGCAGAGUAUGAAGCAGUUAUACAUGGGAUGAAGCUGGUAUCUGCAGCCGGGGGCAGGAAGUUGAGCAUAUUUUCAGAUUCACAGCUAGUAGUACAGCAAGUAAAUGGCGAAUUCGAGAUAAAAAACGAGCGAAUGGUAGCUUAUUGCGAGACAGUACGGUCGAUGAUGGGCGAGUUCGAAUUUUGCGAGCUAACCCAAAUACCCCGAGAGGAAAACCAGCAUGCCGAUUUUUUGGCGAAGGUGGGAAGCAUGGCGGUGGGAUAUGAGUCAAGGAAAAUACAACUGUUAGUGGGCGAGCCAUGUAGCGGGGGCGAAGAACGUGUUUCGACAGUGACAAGUGGGGAGGAUUGGCGGACGGAAAUAAGGGCGUGUCUGCAAGGAAAGGUACUAGCGAGCGGCCGAGCGCAGAGGGUCCUGGAACAGCGAGCAGGCAAUUUCUGCCUGAUCGGGGAUAUACUUUACAAAAGAGGAUACACUAGGCCGCACCUAAGAUGUCUAUCUCUGGACGAAGGCCGUUACGUGCUGAGCGAAAUUCACCAAGGAUGCUGCGGGGACCAUGCAGGGGGCAGAGCGUUGGUCUCGCGGGUGCUAAGGGCAGGAUAUUUUUGGCCCACUUUGAGAAAAGACGCGAGAGAGUUUGUCAAGAGAUGUGAUAGGUGCCAGAGGCAUGGCCCGCUGAUUCACACACCGGGAGAGGAUAUGACGAUAAUAACUUCCCCUUAUCCCUUUGCACAAUGGGGGAUAGAUAUCGUAGGUCCCAUGCCACUGGCCAAGGGGCAGAGAAAGUUCUUGAUAGUCGCUGUAGAUUAUUUCUCCAAGUGGGUGGAGGCGGUGGCAGUGGCCAGAAUAACGGAUACAGAGGUCAUGAAGUUCAUAUGGCAAAAUAUCUGCUGCCGAUAUGGGUUGCCUAGGGACCUCAUUUCAGACAAUGGAACACAGUUUAACUCAGCCAAGAUACAAGGAUGGUGUGCGGGUCUGGGUAUCAAGCAGAGAUUUGCAGCCGUGGCCCACCCGCAGGCGAUCGGUCAGGUCGAGGUGAUCAAUCGGGUACUGUUAGAAGGAAUAAAGAAGCGUUUGGACGGAGCGAAAGGAAAUUGGGUUGAGGAAUUGCACGCGGUAUUAUGGGGAUAUCGAACAUCACCGAGAGAAGCGACAGGAGAAAGUCCGUUCUCGUUGGUGUACGGGUCGGAAGCUGUCAUACCAGUCGAGGUAGGAAUGCCGUCUAGUAGAAUUAUGAAUUUUCAUGAAACAGCUAAUAACAUGCGCUUGCGCGAGGAGCUGGACUUGGUAAUGGAAAAACAACAAAGUGCGAGAGGAAGGAUGGAGAUCAGCAAAGCCAAAAUUAAGGCAGCCUAUGAUAAGAAAGUAAGGCAAAGGGUCUUUCAAGUGGGGGACUUGGUCUUAAAACAGGCGGAUGCGCUCAAAUCGGUGGGAAAGCUAAUGGAGAAAUGGGAAGGACCAUACAAGGUGGUAGCGGUUCUCGCAGGAGGAGCUUACAUGUUGGAGGAUAUGAAGGGCUUAAGGAUAGCCCGCGCAUGGAACGUGUGCCAUCUGAAGCGCUACUAUAUAUAG